GGACGAAGAAGUUAGAAGGAGACUGGUAAUGCAUGUUAUGGCUUUGUGUUUCUGUUGGUGAGAGCGUUUUAAACACUGAAACAAUUUAGUUACAGCUCUCAACCAACGCAGUAUAUCGUCUAGUUGUUAUUUUGAACUGAAGCGUUUCAAGAACCUCGUUUUCAGAUAAACCUGCAUUCUUUAAAGUGUUUUCUGUAUUUUGGAGAUCAUAGUGUGAAAAGUGUAAUAACAAUAACGCAUUUUUAGGCUUUAAGUUAAAGAACUGGAAACAGAAACAAACUUGAGAUUUUCACUAGACAUUAAAGAAAUAACAAUUUAAAGAGCAACGAGUGAAAUAGUUGAUGAUGAAUCAUUUUCUGUGAGGAUGUUCGAAUAAACUUCCCCGACGAGUAAAAACGGGGGAACAUGUUAUCAGAAACAAUCCUUCAAAAGCCAUAAAAACUGAAUUAAAUAUAAUCGCCACGAGAACAAGCACGUUUUGCUAGAGGGCGCACAACGACAAAGAUAGUGACUGAUACAAGAGUUAUAUCAUACACUUGUCAAGUAAAUUAAAUUUUUGCUAAUUUCAUACCGAAUUGGAUCACCGGCUGAACUGUUCCCUUUCUACCGUGAGAACAGUUAAUUCUUUCGUCGAUCUUGAUCGAAUUAGACCGAGUGAACGUGGAGAUACUAUUCGUAUUAAGAAGAAAGGAGGAAGUUACGGAGCUGCGGGAUUUGUAGUUAUAGCGAUUUCCUGAGUGGUCCCAGAUUUUGGGGUAGGAGCUUAUAAAAUACGAAACAGUUAACUGUCUGAGUCUGCGGGUGACCUAGCGGAGAACAUAAUUCGGUUCUCAUCCGAUUCUGCGGAAACAAGGAUCCACAUAUAAAGAUCUUGGAUUUCAUGGGAUAUUUCUAGGUAGAGGCUUUCAAUAAACAGAUUUCAACCACAAAGUCAGAAGAUUAGCUGUGAUCUGUAGGUUUGUAAAGAUAUGACAUGCUUAAGAUAAAGUCAACAGGUUAAGUUGACAAGCAGAAUGGAUUGGACUGUAACAAGGGCGCCGACCUGGAGUUUAUUUCCCAAAUUGACGUCAUAUCCAGGAGGGAUAGGGUAUACAUCGUGGAACUUCCUGAGAAAACGUCUUCAGAAAAACGUUUGCCAGUACAGUUUGAAACGGACGCAGAGUAUUGUUCUGUGUGUUAUGUGGUCAGUGUGCCUUGUAUUUGUGACUUUAGUUUUGACAGUAGCUGCCCAAGAAGACCCAAACGUUUAUGCAUCUUAUACAACGUUCAACGAGAGCGUGAAUUUCACUCAUGUAGUAGUGGAUCCUGACACUGGAAGGGUCUAUGUCGGUUCCACCAAUUGGCUCUACCAAUUUGACAGUUCUUUAAAACUGGAGAUGGAAAUUAGAACAGGCCCUGUAGAGGAUAGUAUCCAAUGUUCUCCUACUGACUGUCUCCACCAGAAGAAAGUGGCCACUACAAAUGUUAAUAAAGUCCUAGUCAUCGAUAGUAAAGCAGGCAAGCUAAUUGUCUGUGGUAGUGUGCAUCAAGGAGCCUGCCGACGUCACCAACUUGAAAACAUUGGGAGUGUUGAAGACUUGGUUCCUGUUCCGGUAGCUGCGAAUGACGAGAACUCUUCUACAUACGCUUUCAUAGGGCCUGCACAGUACUUUGGUUACCCCUCCAGGGUUUUGUAUGUGGCGACUACCAACAGUCGUUUGGGACCAUAUCGUGACAUGGUUCCUGCUAUCACAAGCAGAAGCCUCGAGGAGGAUAGUGGUCGCCUGUUUGGAAUUAUCGAGAAAUCCUUCUCCACCAUUGCUAGGGUGGACAUUAGCUUCCAUUUGCGAGACUACUAUCUGGUCAACUAUAUUUACGGUUUCCACUCAGGUGGCUUCAUCUAUUUUGCCACGGUACAAAGGAAGUCUCAUUUAAGGGCUUUAGAGGAGUGGGGUUAUGUGACCAGACUGGCACGAGUGUGUGCAUCCGACGCAGGAUAUAACACCUAUACAGAAGUGACGUUACACUGUGUGGAGCCAGACGGCACUGACUUCAACUUACUCCAGGAUGCAUUUGUGGUUCCAGCUGGUUCUGAUCUUGCAACAACUCUCCAAAUUGACGCAGGUUCUGAUGUUUUUAUUGGCAUAUUCGCUUCAAGUGCUGAUCACACUUCUGCGUCCUCCCCUCCUUCUGCUGUUUGUGUUUAUUCCCUGGCCGAAAUUGAACAACGUUUUACAGAGAAUAUUCAUAUGUGUUACAACGGCAGUGCGCUUACUCGUAAUAUGGAUUACAUAGCCGGGAGUAUUGAAGAUUGUCCCGAGCCCGGGAAAGGAGGAAACAUCUUUAGUUUUUGCAUGGAAACCCUGAAGUUGAAUGGAACAGUUCCGAUCACAGUGACCCCUGCUCUGACCUUUUUCAACGUGACUUUGACUGCAGUAACCAGCAUCACCACUGCCCAGCACACUGUCGCUUUUGUCGGAACCGAUACAGGGUAUCUGAAAAAGGUACUGAUUAACAGUGGAGAAGACGCCGAGGAGUUUGAAGAGGUGGCUGUUGAUCCAGGUAACCCAAUUAUUUCCAACCUCAAUCUUGAUGCCACAGAACAGUUCAUCUAUGUGGCUUCGCCUUACAAGUUAACUAAGUUAAAGAUCGAACAGUGCCAGCAGUUCAACAGUUGUGAAUUGUGCCUAAAAGCCAGAAACCCUUAUUGUGGAUGGUGUUCUUUGGAGAAGCGAUGUACAAUUAAGAGCGCAUGUCAGAACGCCACCAGCAAUUUUAGUGUUAGUUCACCACGAUGGUUGUCACUCAACACUCAACAAUGUAUUGACGUCCAAGCUGUCAAGCCUGAACAACUUCCUAUUACUAGCAUGGCCAUGGUGGAGCUGGUUAUCAACCAACUACCUAACCUACCAUUUGGAGCUCAUUAUCUUUGUGUGUUUGGGAACAGUGCUACCGUUAGGGCUCAAGUGACAGGAACUGGAUUAGCAUGCAUGACACCUAAAACUGAAGACCGUCCUCCUAUUCUACCUGACAAAGAUCACAUUGUGGUGGACCUAGCUGUUCGCUCCAGUGAAACAAAUACAGAUUUUCUUCAUAAACCUUUUGCAUUUUAUGAUUGUUCUGUACAUGAAACCUGUUCAACUUGUGUGACAAGUUCUUGGGCUUGCAAUUGGUGUCUACAUGAGAAUCGUUGUAUGCACAAUAGCAGUUCUUGUCUACGAACCAUAAUCACUGGAGAAAAUAACCCACAAAACUCCCUUGUUAAAGGCAGACGUUAUUGUCCUAGUUUUGCUAAGAUAAAAGAAAUCCUUCUUCCUAAUGGUGUAACAAAGGAGAUGACUUUAGAUGGAAAGAAUCUCCCAAGUUUAUUGGACAAUUUUGAGUGUGUUGUAGAAAUUGAAGGAGCCAAAGAAAGAGUUUUAGCUAGAGUUUAUGGUGAUAAGAUAAUAUGUGCUAAAACAGUGUAUACCUAUCAGGCUGAAGUUGGACAGUUGAAUGGAACAUUAACAGUUUUUUGGCAUGGAGAUUCCUACAUAGACCAAACAAUAGUUACCUUGUACAAAUGUCACCUGUUGGGAAGUCAUGGAGGACAAGCAGACUGUUCCCUAUGUCUGACCAGAGAUCCAAAAUACCAAUGCUCUUGGUGUGGGAGCCAGUGCAGUUACAGUGACUCUUGUCUUGAGACACCAGCACUGACGUGCCCACCACCUCGUAUAGAUUGGAUCCACCCACUAAGUGGGCCUAUCCAAGGGGGAACUUUAAUGGCUAUAGAAGGGAGUAACCUUGGAACUAGUGAAGAAGAAAUCAGCAACAAGAUAACUAUUGGAGGGAUUCCUUGCAUUCCCAUUGAAUACAGUGUAUCAGUAAGAGUCGUGUGUCGUACGGGUCCUAGUGAAACACCCAGAGCAGCUGAAGUUGUGGUUGGAAACAAUGCAGGUGUGACCAGGGCUCGAGAAAAUUUUUUAUACAAGGUAGUCACCUUGAAAAGUGUUCACCCCACUAUUGGACCUAAGGCAGGAGGAACUAGACUAUAUCUGAGUGGAGAAAAUCUGAAUGUUGGAAGUCAGAUGAAUAUUUAUUUGGACAACUUGCCAUGCAUAGUUGAUAGAACAUUAGCCAGUAAUAGCCAGGUAAGCUGUCGUACCACAAGAGCUCCCUCCCCACGCUACAGUGUCUCAGCAUUGUUUCUUAUGAUUGACAAUGCUACCCUCACCUUAUCAACUCCAUUUAUCUAUACGUUUAAUCCAACAAUACUAAGAAUCUAUCCACUGAAGAGUUUUGUCAGUGGAGGAAGAAGUGUCACAGUAGUGGGGACGUCUUUUCAGUCUGUCCAACAACCUCGUAUGGCUAUUUUUGACAAUGAGACUCUUCUUAACGAAACAGUAUGUAAAGUCAUCAGUAACUCUCAGAUGGUGUGCCCCUCACCAUCUCUUAGUAGGGAUGCAGUCCGAGCUCUUUUGACUAAUAGUAAAAGGAACACAGGAAUGCAUUUGGAAGCACUAAAGUUUCAGAUUGGUUUUGUUAUGGAUGAUGUUACCAGUGUACGUGAGCUUCAGACAAACUUUCCAACUCUUCACUCAGACAUGGUCUAUGUUCCAGAUCCAAGAUUUUUUCCAUUUGAUGGUAAUGGAAUCAAGUUAUAUAAAGGAGAAUCCUUAGUGAUUGAGGGAGAACAUCUUCAUCGAGCCAGUACUGAAUCUGAGGUCAGUGUGACUAUUGGUACUCGACCAUGUAACUUAACCUCACUGGCAAUGACCCAGCUGGUGUGUUUACCACCCGAGGACCAACCACAAGGAACAGAUGAACUUGGAAGAUCAACUGCCACAGCACUUCCCAUGGUUGUGGUACGGGUGGGUCUGAACCUUCGUUAUGAAAUUGGCUACCUUCGUUAUGAGGUGAUGAAAACCUAUAAAUUUCCACCUGAGGCCAUUUGGGGAAUAGCUACUGGUGGAGCACUUCUAAUGCUUCUUAGUUUUGUCAUUUUGGCUGUAUUAAGGCACAAAAGCUCUCAGGCAGAGCGAGAAUAUAAGAGGAUUCAACUUCAAAUGGACACACUAGAGAAUAGUGUAAGAUCAGAAUGUAAACAAGGAACCACAUGGAACUAUGAAGAGAUUGACAAAUUGCUGUUUUGUAGCUUACUGCUAAAUUCAACCACGAACAAUGGAUUUUACAGUAAUUUUGAACUUGCAAUGAGCCAAUUUCAGCAGUUGCUAAACACCAAAGGAUUUCUCAUCACAUUCAUUAAUACACUUGAAAGACAGAAAACGUUCAGCAUACGAGAUAGAGUCAAUGUUGCUUCAUUGCUGAUGAUUGCUUUAAUUGAAAAGAUGGAAUAUGUUACAGAGGUUCUAAGAUGCCUGCUGAUGCAAUUGAUUGAGAGGUCAGUUAACACCAAACAUCCUCAAUUGAUGUUACGAAGGACUGAAUCAUUGGUAGAAAAGAUGUUGACCAACUGGAUGGCACUGAACAUGUAUGAUUAUUUAAAGGAUCGAGCAGGGAGAGCACUGUUUCUUUUAUUCUGUGCUGUGAAAUACCAAGUUGAAAAAGGCCCUGUGGAUGCCAUUACCCAUGAUGCCAGGUACUCUCUUUCUGAGGAACGCUUACUGCGAGAACAAAUAGAGUAUUUUACAGUGAUCAUUCACAUUGUGCAAGAGAAUCAAGAUGAAAAACUACAACUACGAGUCAAUGACUGUGAUACUAUUAGCCAAGUAAAAUUUAAAGUUUUAGAUGCUCUAUAUAAAAAUACACCGUUUUCACUACGUCCCUCAGUACAUGAUGUUGACUUAGAAUGGAGAUCUGGAAAAAGUGGCCAACUGACCCUUGCAGAUGAGGACUUGACCACUAAGACAGUCAGUGGUUGGAAAAGGAUUAACACUCUCCGACAUUAUGGGGUGACAGAGUCCGCUGUGAUGAGCCUAGUCAGCAGACAAAAUGAUAGCCUUAGUUCGAACUGUAAGGGCACAGGAAGCACAUCACUGAACUCUACAUCACCAAUCAUUUCAAAUUCUGAUGUAGAACAAGGCAUCCGAUACUGGCACUUAGUAAAGCCCAUUGAUGACCAUCAAGGGGGUCAAAAAGAUCACUGUCACAAAGCUAUUCCUGAAAUCUUCCUCACAAGACUGCUGUCUACUAAAGGCACAGUCCAGACUUUCGUUGAUGACUUCCUGACCACAGUGUUGACUGUAACAGAUGAUAUACCACCAGCAGUCAAAUGGUUGUUUGACAUACUGGAUGAAGGAGCAAUUAAGCAUGGUAUCACAGAUCCUGAAGUUGUGCAUUCUUGGAAAAGUAAUAGUCUUCCUCUAAGGUUUUGGGUAAAUCUUGUGAAGAAUCCCGACUUUGUAUUAGAUGUGUACAAAACUCCACUUUUGGAUUCCUGUUUGUCUGUAGUAGCCCAGACUCUCAUGGAUGCAUGCUCCACAACAGAUCAUAGACUUGGGAAGGAUUCCCCUUCUAACAAACUCCUGUUUGCUCGAGACAUCCCAGCUUACAAGAAAGUAGUGAUGAAAUAUUACCAGGAUGUUGUUGCAUUACCAGCAGUAACAGACCAGGAAAUAAGUGCAACAAUGCAAACCUUGUCUUUAGCUCACUCAGGAGAAUUCUAUAUCUUGGCUGCUCUUAAAGAGCUUUAUGUUUAUGCUGCAAAGUAUAGUGAAGAGUUUCUUGAAGCUCUUGAAACUGACCCUUGCUGUCAACAAACUCAUUUGGCCCACAAACUGGAGACAGUUGCAUGCACUUUAGAGGGUGAAGAAACUUCUGUUUGUUAAAGAGCUUUACAAUAAAUAGUGCCAAAAAUAUUUAGUGUUAUCAAACCAGGAGAAGAAUAUCAAUCAUGGUUUAGAACAAUGUCUACUUAUACUCUUUUAAAGAUGAAAGGUUAAGAAGUAAAAUGUGAAAUAUAGAAUUGGAAGUGAGGAAAAAAAAGUCAAAAAUAUUUUGUAAAUCAUUUAUCACAAGAGUACUAAGACUGUGAGCUUAGAAAUUUUGACUAUACUGGAGAGGCACUUCUGUGGUUAUCAUUGCCAGCUAUGCAAAUUGAGGAAAACGUGGUUUAUUUGUAUGAUAAGAAUGUUCUGAUAUCUUAUAAAAUAUGUCAUCAUUCCAGUAACUUCACAGAAGUUCAAGCCAAAGAUGUGAUCAACAUACAGGUGUUGUAGGAGAGAUUAUAUGGUCAAUUUGUAAACUUGUGUAUGAUCUGUACAAAAAAAAACUGUUUAGGAUAUGUUAGUGCCUGUACAAAGAAUAAACAGGGUUUAAAAAAUGUAUAUAAUUGCCAACAUCAAAUUGAUUAGUUGUUGGAUGAAGAACUGUAAUUUGUUUUUUAACUUUGCAUACCCAUUUGUGUUAGUACAGUGGAUAUCUGUUCAUUUGUCUACAUCACAGCAAAUGUGGUUAUAGUGUUUUUAUCGUUCAAGUCAGAAUUGGUGCUUGUAUGAUGUAGAUUUUGCAACCUUUGGUUAUGGGGCCUACACGUUAACUUUGUACAGACUAGAUGUUAGUAUGAACAAGCAAAUCACCACUGCUGCUGUUGCCUAGACUGUGAUAUUGUAACUGUAGUGUAUUUAUGUAGUAUGAGAGUUGUGUAAAUUACCCUUAAGUUAAAUUUCCUACCUUUUACUUAAAGUUUUUACUGAAAAAAAUGUAUAUGUGGCAAUCUAAAAGUUCUUUUUCUUCAAAAUUAAAUAACCCCCUUUGCUGAGUGCUUAUCGAGUCAAAUAUUUUGAAUAUUAAGUGGAAAAUAACAUUACAGUCAAUCCCCUAAACUUAUAGAAAAAAUAAUGUAAAUUCUUUUUUUUUUUAUCAAUGGUUUUGAAUAUUAAAAAAAACUUUAAUUUCUACCACCAAAUGACUGAUGGUUUUUAGGUGCAGAGGAAAAAAACAUUACUCCAAAAUACCAACACAAGUUUGUGCUAAAUAUAUUGUACUAAAUGUUAGAACUGAAUCUGUACCAGAUGCAGUAAAUUUCUGCAUGUAGUUUAAAUGUUUUAGUAUUUAUUGGGUAACUAAAGAUGUGCUGUGAAGACUAAUUACUUUUUGAACUGGAAGUUUUCAGUAUAAUCCUAUUAAGACCUGGAAGAGGAAAGAUGUUUCCUCUUCACAUCAAGUAUUUUUGAUAUACCAUCAUCCUGUACCAGUUCAGGAAUUUAAUAAAGUGUUGAUAAAAACAGUAAAGCUUUGUUCUAUGUAAUUGGGUCUUGUCAUCUGUUAAUGCA